AUGUCCAUAGAGGCCACUCUUUCCAGACCACAAAUCACGAUGUUGCAGGAAUUUGUCCAUGCAGUCGCCGCUAAGCAGGGCUACUUGACCACGGAUGAGGAGAGCGCAGUGUGGUUGACUGUACUGGACAAGGCAGGUCCUGCCCUGCUGCCUCCGCCCUCCACGUUUUACGAUUCGGCGUGCAGUUGCUCCCACGGUGCCCCAUGGAGGCCCCGGCUGGCCCGUGUGGGCAAGUCACCUUUGAUUCGUGGGGAUGGUUCUCGGAAGCAGCCCUUGGCUUUUGCCCGUGUCCUCUCUCCGCCCGGCCUGUCUGGAGGCGGCCAGCGCCUGCAGCAUACUCCUCCGCAAGGCAACCAACCCCAACUCUGGAUGCCUCUCCCAGAUGGAGAGGCGGAGAUGACGGCGCCUGCCUCUUUCUGCCUGCCUGCCUCACCGGGGCCGGUGAACAGCGACACUGCGUCACGGAACCCCACGAUGGCUUUCAGAAUGCCGCCGCACCCGAACGUGCGGUUCGCCCCUGCCGACGUCAUCGACGACGACGAGCUCGACUCCCUCUCGGACGACGACUCGUCCUCCACUUCUGGCUCGAGCGACUCGUCCUCGUCCUCGUCCUCCUCAUCCUCGAGCGGCUACUUCUCCAUGCCCGCCAGGUCAUUCUCCUCGGCCCUGUCCAACGCAAGCUACAUGAGCUCGGGGUCUGAGAGCUUCGUCUACUGCGAGGACCCGACCGGCUUCUUGGGCUGGGACGGCUACUUAGGCGCCGUCACGAGGGCGGUGGACACCACGGACGACACGAGGACGCGGUUCGCCGCGCACUUCAUGGCCGGGCCCUUUGCCCAGAUGACCAGGAAGCAGAUCAAGAGGCAGAAGAAGCGGCGAGGCAGCAGCGGCGGGCACACCACACUCGAAGCUGGCCCCAUGCCUCCGCCGCCGCCAAUGCAGCGCGGUUACGGCUUCUUUGGCGCCGGACUCAGGCCCGGCAUGGGACCUCCGAUGCCACCGUCUGGCGCGGCAUAUGGGCCUGGGCUGGUGCCGCCGCCUCCACGACCACCAGUGAGGCAGUUCGAUCCGGUCUGGGGCACCACGCCGCAGAGGAGGAUGAUGCCUGAGAACGUCAAGGUUGGCGGCCCUCCACGGUCGCGUAUGUCAGUCGUCUGA